AUGACAAGGUCAAGAGGUACUAAAUACACAAAAGCAUACGUUUGCCUUUUCAUUUGUUUCGCGGUUAAGGCAAUACACUUAGAGUUGGUUUCUGACCUUUCUUCAGAAGCGUUCUUAGCAGCAUUACGACGCUUUAGAGCACGUAGAGGUCGGUGUAAUCGAAUAUUUAGUGACGGUGGUACCAAUUUCCGUGGUGCCUACACUCUUUUACGUACUUUGUUCCGCAAUGCUACCGAGGCUGAAAAUAUUGAUUGGAGUUUCAAUCCUCCAUCUGCACCUCACUUCGGCGGUCUCUGGGAAGCUGGCAUAAAAUCAGUGAAAACACAUUUAAUGAGAGUGAUAGGUGAGCAGAAAUUGACUUAUGAAGAACUGUAUACGGUUCUGACACAAAUUGAAGCGGUUCUGAAUUCACGACCCCUCUGCCCAUUGAGCAGUGAUCCAAAUGACCUAUCCGCCUUGACACCGGGUCAUUUUUUGACUCUUGCACCCUUGACUGCGCUACCAGAUGAUGAUUUGUCCCAUUUACAAAUCAAUAGGUUGUCUCGAUGGCAAUUGCUCUCGCGGCUUCAUGCUGAUUUUUGGAAACGUUGGCACACCGAAUAUCUACAUACGUUACAACAACGUCAAAAGUGGGAUAAACAUUCAGAUUCCACCCUAAAACCAGGAAUGCUUGUCCUCAUCAAUGAUGGACCUAUUUCUCCUUUGCGCUGGCGAUUGGCAAGAAUCGAGAAAUUACAUCUGGGUUCAGAUGGAAUAGCUCGUGUAGCUACCAUUCGCACAAGCCAAAGUGUGAUGCAACUACCUAUUGUAAAGUUGUGUCCAUUGCCACAGCAAUAG